AUGUUGGAAGCUCAGAGUGAUGUUCCUCUUGGAUCAAAGUUGCGAGUGAUUAUGGUGGUGGCUAGAGUCGUGACUUUUGUUUCCGCUAUAAUAGCAUUCGCCGUCAUGAAGACUAACAACGCCACCACCAAUCAAUACAGGCUUCGCUACAAGGAUAUAAGCUCCUACCGGUAUGCGCUGCUUACUAUGGUAGUGGGAGUUGCAUACAGUUUAUUGCAAAUUCCCUUUGCAAUAUACUAUCUAAUAACAGGGAAACGCCUAGUAAACCGCUACGCCUUUCUCCAGUUUGACUUCUACGGAGAUAAGGUUACUUUAGUUAUAUUGGCAUCGGGAAUUGGGGCAGUAUUUGGGGCAACUACGGAUCUUGAUAGGGCCUACAAUGCAGAAAACUUUGGGGACUUCUUCAGCAUGGCCUAUUUGUCAGCAGGUUUUCUUCUCAUCGGAACAGUAAGCUCUGGAGUUUCUUCUGUCAUAUCUUCAAUGACCCUUUCCAAAAGAGAAUAA